UACCCUCCCCUUUUUUUUUUUUGGCUGCUCUUCACCAGCACCAUCUUGGAUUAACCAGAAGGGCUUCAGGAUGAAGGUGACCGUCAUUUUCGGGCAGACAGGUGUAGUCGUGCCUUGCAAGGAUGGGUGGACUGUGAGAGAUCUCAUCCAGCAAGCCACCCAGAGAUACAGGAAACUUCUGGAGCAGGAGGGAGAUUUCCUCGUUCGGACCCACCAUGUUGAGUACUGCGACGGUGGCAUACUGGACCCUGAUGACAUACUCAGUGAUCUGGUAGAGGACAAAGACAAGCUGAUGGCGGUGUAUGAGGAGCAGGAAGCCCAGCAGAGAGAUGCGGCUGACGCCAGCCUGACCCCGAGCCCUGACCUCCACCAAGCUGAGCUCUCCGUUUUCCAGCCAAUCACAGGAGGAGAGAUUGAAGUCAAUUCUUCAGCCCUCAAAUCUAACACACCCCUGCUGGUGAGGAGCAGCAGCGACUCAGCCCUCAGCCCCCAAACAACAGAGACUGAAACCUCCUACAAUGAAAAUAACACUGUGAUGGAAGCCAGUCCUGAUGUGGAGGGGCCUACUGGGAUGGAACAAGCUCCAGGCAAACACACCUUCAUUGACAGCCUGACCAGAACGGUGGAGAUCCAGGGAGAGGACAGUCCUCUGGGUAUUCACGUUGUUCCUUACUCCUCUUCACUCAGUGGACGGUCUCUGGGUCUGUAUAUCCGUGGUGUGGAGGAAGAAAGUCGCUCAAGAAAGGAAGGCUUGUUUCAAGAGGAUGAGUGCAUUGUGAAAAUCAACAACACUGACCUCAUGGACAAGACAUUUAGCCAAUCUCAAGACAUCUUUCGUCAGGCAAUGCGGUCCCCACUUGUCUGUUUGGAAGUCGUGUCCUCAUCGAACAGAGAGCGAUAUGAGAAAAGUCUGAUUGGCCAGCUUAUGGUCAACAACAUGGCUCCAAACGGCAGCCCCCGCGUCAUCAAGGCCAAAGAUCCACCGCCGCCAGUCAAAGCCAAGCCUGUGUUUAAGCCUCCCGAGAAUUCACCUGCGCGACUGGCAGAAGACCCUCUUGUUCUUGAAGCUGUCAAUAGUCCUAAGGAGAGGGGUGAGAGCCCGCUCCACAGGAAAAGUCCUGGGCUGUCCAGCUUGGUGUCCAAUAAGAGAGGAGGGCGAAGGCUGCGGAUCGACCUGAAGAAAGGUUCAGAAGGUCUUGGAUUUACCGUCGUAACCAGGGAUUCCUCGAUACACGGCCCAGGUCCUAUUCUGGUGAAAAACAUUCUGCCACGAGGAGCUGCUGUCAAAGAUGGACGGCUUCAGUCUGGAGACCGCAUACUGGAGGUAAACGGUGUGGAUAUCACCGGGGUGGGCCAGGAGGAGUUGGUGUGUAUGCUCCGCAGCACUCGUCAGGGUGAGACCGUGUCCCUGGUGGUCUUACGGCAGGACGAGAUGUUCCUACCCAGAGAAAUGAGAGACGAGUUGUCUCGGGUGCGUGGCGUGGUUUUGGAGUGCGGGAAGGAGCAGCUCAUGUUCGAGGUUCCCCUCAACGACACCGGCUCAGCGGGACUCGGCGUCAGCCUGAAGGGCAACAAGUCCAGGGAGACCGGAGAGGAUCUGGGAAUUUUCAUCAAAUCCAUCAUUCAUGGAGGAGCUGCAUACAAGGACGGGCGGCUGCAUAUCAAUGACCAGCUCGUCGCUGUGAAUGGAGAGUCACUGCUGGGGCGCUCCAACCACGCAGCCAUGGAGACGCUGCGACGGUCGAUGUCGCAGGAGGGAAACGUUAGAGGGAUGAUUCAGUUGGUGGUGCUGAGGACUUUAAAGGAUCAAUUUGAGGUGUCACCCAAUCGCUCCUUUGACGGCACGUCUGGACCGCCGGGACUGAUCAGCCCAGCCAAAGGUCAGACCGGUAUUGUCAGUCAAUCCCCAGACUCUGUUCACCCCCAACUGGUUUCCAACCCCAUCUAUUCCUCUAGUGUAACUAAUGGAAGUUAUUUUCACAUGGAUGAGGAGGAAGAGGAGGGAGUGCAGUACGGACAAGAUCUGGAGAUCAGCAGCUCUAACCAGCAGUCCUAUUUACAGGAAAGUGAAACCCCUACGACGUCUCCCGUGGCCCAGCCCCAGUCUCCCGCCCAGGGCCAGAAUCCGCUCCAGUUCCAGCACAUCAAGGCCUCCAAAAGCAUGGACCUGGGUACGACUCAGAACCAGCAUCACACUGUGGCCGAUGAGAGCAACCUCGGAUCCCUGGAUGGAGACACGUCUGCAGCUCCUUCGACUCCUGCUGAGCUCGGCCCAACGCUGGGUUUGAAGAAGUCCAGUUCCUUGGAGAGCCUCCAGACGGCCAUGUCAGAGGUCAACAAGAAAAACGAGCUUCUGCAUUUCCACCGCCCUCGCCCAAAUAUGGUCAGAGGAAGAGGAUGCAAUGAGAGCUUCAGGGCAGCUAUUGAUAAAUCCUAUGAUGGCCCAGCAGAAGACGACGAUGAUGAAGGUUCGGAGUUGAGUUCAGGCCGUGAAACCCCUGCUAGCAGUUCAUCCCGCCAGGGACUCGCCGAUCAAACAGAAGAGAAGAGCAAAAAAGAGAAGAAAAAGAAAGAGAAAACCAAGAAGAAAGAAAAGAGCAAGGGGAAAGUGAAGGAGAAGGAGAAGAAGAAAGCAGGGGAGCCCGAGGAAACAGAAAAGAAGAGCAUAAAAAUAGGCUUUGGCCUUCUGAGGUUUGGAAAGAGAAAGGAGGAGAAAAAGGAGGCGAAGGCCGCUCUGCAGCGACAGAAAUCAGACAUCCUGAGUGACCUGGAGCUGGAGAGGAUGAAAGAAGAGAGAGAGAGGAUUGAAGCAGGGCAUCCUGAGCUGCGGGAACAACUGUCCAGAGAGCAGCAGGGCGGGGGUGGAGGGGCGGCAUAUCCGCACUUCGAGGAUGACGACGCAGACCCAAACUAUGCCAGAAUACAGUCCUUCAGGGACCGAGAGACGGGUUCAGGGCCACCGCCGCUGCCUCAGUCACCGCUCUACGCUGCAGUUCAGCACGCCCAUGCCCGCACACCUUCACCACAGGGCCCUCCCAGCUUCCCAGGCCACGGGAAGCAUGUUAACGAAGCUGGAGUUCCCCCCGAUGAUGACCCGCUCGACAGGCUGUACGCCAAAGUUAACAAACCUAGAGGUUCUGGAGCCACAUCUCCGCUUACUCCUUCCCCAGCUCCUCCAAACGACAGCAACAUGGAUCGGAUCCAGCAGCUAAGAAGGGAGUAUCAGCAAGCGAGGCGAGAAGGAAUGGUGCCGCCGUAUGAAGAACUGGACCAAAGACGCAGAGCGCACGACAGCGAGCCUCACAGGAUACCAGGCAGAGGGACCGAUCCCCGUCUGACACCGCGGUACGAAGAGGUGGAACGGCAGUAUGCCUCCUUACCCAGACGAGGGCCAAUGGAUCCUGCUGACUACCCGAUGCAGCCAUGGUCGGGUCAUUACCCCGGACCUCCUCAAGCCCAGCAGGGGUAUCCCCAUUCACCAACUUACUCCAACAUGCACUCUGAGCCCGGUCCGCCAUACUCCAGCUUCCUGCCCGGCCCGCCUUAUCAACAGCCGAGAGACCCUCGAGGGAUGGAACCCGGCUACUAUCCGCACCCCAGCUCCCAGCAGAGAGGACCUUUGCGGCAGGACGUGCCCCCGUCUCCUACCCCUCCACUGCGGGCACCACGGUACGACACCUUGGCCCGUGGAACUGUGGGUGGGGGUUACAGGUAGGAGAUCAUACGCAGAUGAUGACAGUUCCAGGCACCAAAUGUAACCUUGCACUGAACAGUAUGCUUAUACUGCGGAUAUCGAAGGACAACAACACCAAACCAACUCCAGACAGAGGAUCGCCUUCACCACGAGAUUCUCCACAGACUGUAACCAAAUUUGCACCUUUUUUUUCUACCAUCAAUACCAUGAUGACAACAAAAACAUCAUGCAGUCUGUGUCGAGCAAAGAUUCUGUGUAAAAUGACAGUUUAUUCCUUUCUACUCCACUCUGAUUCAGUUGUUUAAGUCUGUGAGCCGGUCAAAGACAAAAAGGGUAAACAUAUUUAAAUUUAAAUAACAUAUCCUUAGUCUCAUAUACUUUGGUCCGGAUGGAUCUUCAAAGUGGCUCGAAUGAUAGAUUGGUGAAAACAAAAACAGCACGACGACUGUUAUCUGCUGCACGUGGUCAUUAACACAGAAAAAGGCUCUUGGGUGUUAUUAGACGUGCAUAAAACCACUUCUGUUCUUUUGAUGUUACUGGAAGUAUUUUAUUCACUGUGAAUAGGAUGUAGACUGUGCAAAAGAGAAAGAAAUGGUUCAAAGACGUGUCAGUUCUGCAAAAACAAUUAAUUCACACCUUUAGGACUUUAAUAAUAAUAAUUCUGACAUUCGAUACAGUCAUGGCAAAAACUUGAGUACAUUCCUUGAUACAGUUAUCUGUAUGAGUGCCUUCAGGUUACGUCCUCUCUGAGUUUAUCAGUAUCUUGAAUUGUUGUGAAGGAAUCCAGCCCACUCUUCUGUCCAACAUUGCUUCAGUACCUUCAGGUUUGCACAUUCGUUAUCGCUCAGCUCUUUUACCACCAGAGCAUUUCAUUAGGUUGAGGUCUGGACUUUGACUAGCCCGUGUUGAAUUCCUGUUUCAGCCAUUCCAUUGUAGGUUUACUCCAGUGCUUUGUUCUGUUAAUGACCCAAAUUUGGCCAAGCUACACCAUUUUACUAUAGAAUACCUUUUGUAUGCAAAGGACUUAAUGGUUGACUUAAUGACUGCUCCAAACAAGCCAUACCAUCACACCCCCAACGCCGUGCUUGGCAGUCUUUUGUCCUAUUCCAUUUAAUAUGCAAAUUCUGCCUAAAAUGGGGCUCUUGGCCUUCAUGCAGUUUCUCUGAGCUCUGCAGGGAGCAGUGGGAAUGAAUUUGAUUGGCAGCUGCCUUAAAUGCUUUCCACUUGAAAAUAAUCACUCUGUGUAGAAUAAUUAGCUUUAUUCAGUUUAGCCUGGCAGCCCUUCGCAGAUUGAUGCAGUGGCUUCUCCUAAUGUCUUUCCCUGUUGGCGUUGUGUUAACGAACACCUCUGUGCAGCGGAAGAGCACACUGUCAGAUUGGCAGAUUUUAUGAGGGCAGUCAAAUGUGUUGAUGAUCGGCUAAUCAAAUGCAUUUAAUUAUCAGCAACUUAGAAAUAUACUUAGUUUUUUUCACAUGACUAUUUUGACAGUCACAGGAAGAUUUAUACUAAGGUUAUUUUUGUGUUUUGGCGCUCUGAGUGUUAAAUUGGUCUUUUUCUUUUCUUUUUUUUUACCAGCAAACCAUUUCCUUAGUCACUUUUUUUUUUUACUCCUUUUGACUAUUUCUUUAAUGACUCCUAAAGUUCGAUCACAGUAAAGCGCUGUAUGAAGUCUUUGCCUCUGUAAUGAUAUGCUUUUAAUAACAUUGCAGUUUCUCAUUUUUAAUAAUACUGUUUCUGUCAGUCAAGAUGAGUUUAAUUACAUUUCUAGCACAGAAUUAGAUAAGAUCCAAAUGGGAAACUUGAUGACUCCAGCUCAGCAUUACAUUUAGUAAUAUUUUACAUCAGAUAAAAGGGGAAUAAUCAGCUAAAUCUCAAAUUUGACACUUUGCAUCAAACUCAGAUCACAUUAGCUGUUGUGGAGUUUCGCUAACUUUAUUUAAACUAACUUCUACUUGAAUGUAUGUUGAUUUUUAUCACUGUCUGUAUCUCGUGUCCUGUAUUUACAGUCGGCUGCUAUAACUACGGGAAAAACGGCUUUAACCUGUAUGUUAUACCUGCCUGCAGCUGCGUUAAGAUCAAGGCAUCCAUGUUUGUAAGAGCAAGUGUUUUACAGAGCGGAUUUUCUGUGUUGUUUCCUUGGAGGGCAGACUUGGUUAGGUAAUUUCUGCAAUAUGAUGGUGUAGCCAUCAGUGUGCUGUUGGUGGACCAGUUUAGAUGAUAGUUUAGAUCUCCGAGUUACACCAAAUUGAUAAUUUACCCAGAGUUAUUCAAGUCAAAUGUUUUUGUUUCGCACUACUUGGCAGUAUUAACUUCAAUAGAUACUAAAAGUUUUAUGUGGUGUUGAAGAAUUACCUUAAUGACUGAGGAUGAAAUCUCAUUAAAGCGAAUAAAAAAAUGUUUUUAAUUUCUACAGUCAUAGAUUUUAUUUUUGCGGAUGAAUUUGUGUAGGAUUUAUAGGCUUUAGAAUAAAUAAAAAUGAAAGGAAAAAAGGCCGGCAGAAGGAAACGGGAGGUGUAGAGACUUAUGGGAAUUGUAGUAAGUAGAAAUUGAGAAGUGAUGAUAACAAAGACUGAAGGUAGUUGAGGUUCGGGUCAUUUCACCCAAUCGGCAUUUUGUACUUUUGCUGUUUUGUUAUUUCUUUAUUCCGUACUAAAACAGGCCACUCUGUGUUAUUUUGACUGGGCAGUCCACAGAAACCGCAGUCAAUAAAAGCAAUAAAAAAAAUAAUGUACAGUUAAGUUGUUGUGGAGGUGGGUUUCUACAGUCUGAAUGUAGAUAUUUUAGGGGAAAGAAUCAAGCUUUCUCUUUUUUAUAUAUGUUUUAACCAAAAGUCUGAAAAAUCCUAAAGGUAAUAUUGUCAGUAUUUUAUUGAAAGAACAAAACACAAAACUAAAUAAAAAUCAGAUUAUAAGGAAAAUAUAUUUUUAUUCUCAGGAAGACAACACAGUGAAUAAUAUUUUUGAAAUAAUUUAGUUUAUGUUAUUUCUCAGAUUUAGCAGUUAAGCAGCACCUAUCGUUACUAUCUGUAGGUUAAACUGUUAUGGUUGAACCUGGUUAGUUCCCACUGCAGCUCUAGAAAGUCUGGAAAAAAUUAUUUUCUUUAAAAAAUAUUGUACAAUGUGGAAAUCCUACCAUUUAUUCCUGAAUUUGCCAAAUCAUAAUUUUAGCUGAAUAUUUUAGUCAUGUGUAAUUUAAGUAUUCCAGAUUCUGGCUGGAAACCCAUAGAUAAAUGCAAACUAUUCAAAAAUCCCAAGAGGGCAUUUCUCUGGUUGUUUGGCCUCUAAACCAAUUUAAAUCAUAGUUUUUUUCCAAUGAACUUUAAAAAUCUUUGGAUAAACAGGAUAAACGUCUGUAAGUUCUCAGGAAUCCAUCCUGAUUUAUGAAAUAUAACCUUUAGAGAUUUUUAAAUGUAUCCAGAUGAGUUCAGAUGCCAAACAAAUCUUGAAUCAGGCCUCAAGAACCUCAACCGAAGCAGAAUCCAAAUCCAGCCUGAUUACGUCAUAAUUUCCAUAAUAUACAGAUGAUCAAACUGGACUGCUGCUCAAGAUCUUCGAAGGUGAAUGUUUUGUAUUCAAACGUCCAGAAUGUUACAAAAACGUAUAAAAAAAUCCAGAAAUGUGCCUGGAAUGGGUGAAAGUUUGAAAGAUGAUGUGAUUUUAAUCCAGUGUGAAAACCUUUAAAUGAUGCCGGAUUUUCCUUAAAGACCAACUGAGCAAAAAAAGCAAAGAUGAAGGUUUCCUCAGUCCUGUCGGCUCGAUGAACUUUGUGGAGCUUUAGUAAAUUCAAACGUGACAUUAAAGUGUAUCUGUGUUAUUCAUUUUAUAGUAGCACACAUUUCACAUGUAUGUAACUCUUCACAAGCAUUUUAUUUCUAUGUUUCUUUGUUAUGAUGUGUAAUGUUCAUGGAUUUAAGCAGAGCCACGGGCUGUUUUUGCUGCGAAAAAAAAAAAAAAACAAGAUGUGCUGCAAACUCACUUCAUGCUGUAAUGUGUUGUUUUUAUAUUUCACCAAAAGUUAAAAGUACAACGAUUGCAAAGAGAGUUUGUGGGUUUUGGUGAUGCACAAAACCAAACGAGGAGUUUGCUAAACUUCCAGUAUCGCAGUGAACAUGUCCAGCAUCCUGCCCCGCUCUCUGAAACGUGUGUUGCACAAGUUGAAGGUACUCUCUUCGGUUGUACUCUGAGAAGGUACUGCUGGUUCUCCGACGCAUGAAGGAACCAACUAAAUAACCUCCCGGUCUUAGAAGUAUAACAUUUUUUAUUACACUGCUUGUAUCUAAAGAUUCUUGAAGCAAGUCUCAUUUUAUAAUGUUGCAUACAUUUCUGUUUAAUCAGCGUUUUAUAUUUAUGUGCAUAUCAUCUUUUUGCAAUAAAAUAUACUUUAUUAAA